ACUUACUGUAUCAGAGUAGGCAGUGUAAGGGAGAAAGGACACAUCGGGAGUAAUAAGCGCAAAAAAAUGGCGAGCGCCUAUGAUGGAAAAUCUAACUUUGACUCUGAGUUGCGAAUUGUGUUGAUUGGUGGACGUGAACUACAUGGUAAUGUCAGUAAAAAGACUUUUACUGGUAACAUCAUUUUAGGAAAACGUUGUUUUGACACAUCCAGGAGGACUUCUCAGAGUGAGGUGAGGCACAGUGUGGUCUAUGAUAGACAGGUUACAGUGGUGGAUACUCCAGGCUGGUGGUGGCACUACCCACUGAAAAACACCCCAGAGCUGGAUAAGAUAGAGAUACAAAACAGUGUCUAUCUCUGUCCCCCUGGGCCUAAUUCCUUUCUUCUGGUCAUUCCACUUGGCAUAGCAUUCUGUCAAGUAUUUAAGUCAUCACUGGAAGAGCACUUGAAACUGUUUAACUCAGAAGUUUUAAAUCACACCAUUGUGCUUUUUACUGUUGAAACCCCAUACCCGCCAAACUUUUUAAAACAAUUUUUAAAAGAUGAAAUCAGCAACUGGCCAGCUCUGCAGUGGAUACUGGAUAAGUGUGGUAGCAGAAAACAUAUCCUCAAUAUAACAGACAGUCAGAACAACUUUCAGGUGCUGAGACUUUUUGAGAAAAUAGAUGCCAUGAUUGCAGAAAAUACUAAAACACGCUAUUUAGUUGAUGAACUCACUGGGAAAUCCCUCAAAGCAAGAAUUCAGACACUAAAGGAGAAGGCAUCAGAGAGGCUUGCUGAAGUGCAAUCACAAAGGAAGAAAUUACGAACACUCAUUGAAGGUGGAAAACCUCUUCCUCAACAUCUGAGACUAGUAAUGGUGGGUGCACAGUGGUCAGGAAAGAGCUCAGCUGGCAACACCAUUAUGAAGAGAAAUGAAUUUAUGCUGCGGCCUGGAAGGGCAACAGAGUAUUGCGAAGUCAGACAUUGUGCAGUCACUAACAGGCGGCUCACCAUAGUUGACUCCCCUGGCUGGCUCUAUAACAACAGCCUAAGUAACAGUUGUGAGAUGGAUGUGUUUGAAAUCAAGAACAGUAUCAAUAUGUGCUUACCAGGGCCUCAUGCAAUACUCCUGGUAGUUAGCUUGUCUUCAGCUUUCAAUGAUCCUUACCAGAAAGCUCUGCAGGAACACAUGAGUUUGUUCUCAGAUUAUGUUUGGAAACAUACCAUUGUAGUGUUCACGAGAGGUGACUGGCUAGGCUCAAAACCAGUGGAGGAGCGCAUAGAGAGUGAGGAGGGGUUGGUGUGGCUGGUGGAGAAGUGUGGAAACAGGUUUCAUGUCCUCAACAACAAGAUCCAUGACGAGGAGCAGGUGACGGAGCUGCUGGACAAAAUUGAAGAAAUGAUAGCAGGAAAUGUGGUCACAUACUACCACAGUGAUCCACAAGAAGCAGAGGAGAUAGAGAACCAGAGGAAAGCAGGGCAAAAGAAAGCCAAAAGAAUCAUGCAAGUCACGCAACAGCAAGAGAGGUUCCUCACUGAGUUGUUUAGAGGAGAAAAAAGGUUGCCACAGAAUGAUCUGAGACUUGUGCUGAUUGGGCGAAAAGAGUCAGGAAAAAGCAUGGCAGGAAACAGAAUCCUUUUUGAUGAGAUUUUUGGAACAGCAUGGAUGAAAAAGGAGUUCCAAGUUGAACAAAGAAAUAAAAAAGCUGUAAAACAUCAAGCCAGAAUCGACAGACUGAAUAUGACUGUAGUGGAGGCUCCAGGCUGGUCCAUAGAUACAGCCCCUGAUGACUGGAUGAUAAAUGAAGCAAAGCAGAGCGUCCAUAUGUGCGAGCCAGGGCCCCAUGUCUUUCUUCUAGUUGUGCCUAUAUCACAGGCUUUCAGUCAGAGUGACCUGACGGUAGUGGAUCAACUGUUGGAACAAUUCGGAGAGCAGGUCUGGAGACACUGUUUGAUUCUCUUCACAUGGGGAGACUGGCUCAACAAUAGAUCUGUUGAGGAAUACAUUGCAAGAGGAGGAACGGCACUUCAGCGACUUCUGGAAAAAUGCAUGUACAAGUAUCAUGUUUUGAACUGCAACCGCUACAAUGAUGAGUAUCAAGUCAUAAAUCUUUACCAGAAGGUUUACACCAUAAUUACAAGAAAUAAAGGUCACUACUCUAUUUCUAUGGAGGAGGGGUUGAGGAAAGGGCAGGCAGUGCUGACAGAGGAGGAGUGGUACACCAGAGAGCAAGAGCUUAUAGAUCGUAUUUUAAAGGCUUUGGCUCAAGAAACACAAGAGCCAAAAACACUCCCACUGAAGGGGGUAGCAAGCAUUGAUGGGGCAUUCAUUCCAAGUAUGAGCCAUGAAGUACCUUCUGAGUAUGAAAGUGCACGGUGGGUGCUACCGAGAGGUCAUGCCAAAGUGGCAGAGUGGUUGGACAUGAGAGUGUGGUCCUCAUGUCAAACCUCAGGAGUGCACAGUUACAGUGAAAAUCUGACUGAUGAAGAUUAUACAACAGAACAUUUCCCAGAGAAAAUCCAGAAAGAAGUUUGUCAAAAUGAAAGACGAAGAAACUCAUAUUAAAUACAAAAUCUAAUUAUUGUCAACUAAUAUUUUAUUAUUACAAUAUAGAUUGGUUGUAGAAAUUAUUUUGAAGCUUUUGUUUCACAAUGUAAUCA